AGUCUCAGGUCACGACAAAGGCAACAACGUGAAAGGCAACAUCACACACACACACACAAACAAGAAAGAAGAAAAAUUCACAAACUACACACACACACAAAGAGAAAAAGAAGAAGAAAAAGAUUCACAGAAUCGUAUUGAAUUCGAUUUGAAACAUGUCUCAUCAUUCCUCAAAUCCCUUCGCAUCCACUCAUUCUGAUUCCGAUUCCGACUCAGUGAGUUGCUUCGUCACCGAUCUCUUUGAAACUCGCUCUUCCGACCGUUCUCGCUCUUGUUGCUGCCACGACACUAACAUAAACCCCUUUUCUGGGGUCGUUUGCGAUCUUCACAACGGGGAAUUAGGGUUAGGGUUUCGGACCAAUACCCAAAAUAACGAAGAUAGGGCUUUUAAUUUUUCGGUGGGUGAUAAUUCGGGUGGGCUUAGGGUUGUUGGGUUCGGUUCCGAUUCGGAUUCGAGUAGCGAGGAAGGUGAGGUUGAUGUUGGUGGUGAUGAUGAUAGGGCUGGGGGUGGGUUUGAUGAUUUCGAUGUUCGAUUGUGUUGGGAUAGUCUCUGUUUGGAGGAUCAGAGGACCCUGAAUGAGGGUUUUGAGUGGGAGGAGGUAGAGGAGAGGGUGAAUGAGAGGGGAGAUUUGAGCGUGGUGGUUGAUGAGGUUGAAAUUGACGGCCAAUCGGUGGCGUCGGGGUUUACAAAUGGUGGCGAGGAUGACGAUGAGGAGUUGGAGCCUGGCGAAGAAGCGUUGAGAUACCUUGAAUGGGAAAUUCUCUUGGCUGUUAACAAUUUGGAGAGGAAUGGUGGGGUUGAACACGAGGGCAAUGCCGAUUCGUAUUUAGCGGUACCAGAUGGUUAUAUAUACACAGCUGAGUACGAUGUUCUUUUCGGGCAGUUUCUUGAGAAUGAGAGUGCCUUGAAGGGUAGUCCUCCCGCUGCGAAAAGUGUUGUGGAGAAUCUCCCCUUGGUGGAAUUGACGAAGGAGGAGUUGCAGGGGAAGAAUGUGGCAUGCGCCAUUUGCAAAGAUGAGAUUUUGUCUGCGGAGAAGGUGCGGAGGUUGCCCUGCUCGCACUGUUAUCAUGGAGACUGCAUUUUGCCGUGGUUGAGUAUUCGCAAUACGUGUCCUGUUUGUCGGUUUGAGUUGCCCACGGAUGAUCCGGAUUAUGAGCAGAGGAAGGUCCGGAGGGCUGCUCAUGAUCUGUUGGAGCUUGCAGCACAGAUGCAAUUUUGACUUGUUGGUUCAGGUUAUACGCUCCGGUUCAUGUAAAUAGCUGUUUGCUUUGUCUCAUAUCCAACUGAUGAUGAGAACAAGUCUUUUUUAAUUAGUUUUCAUGUUGUGGUGGUUUUGGAAUAAGUUUCAUACCAUAUUACAUGCUCUGGAUAUACUCAAGAUGAAUUCCUGUCAAUACUCAGUUUAUAUUCAACAAAUUAAAGUGUACCACAGGAAGGAUCAUGUUAAUGGUUUAGUGUUUCCUACUUUCCGUUUAUAAACAUGUUAUAAUUAUUGGAUUUAUGCAUCUCUGGGGGUAGGAAUGAUGAUGUAUAUAGUGUUGGCUAUCUGUAUAUCUGUAGUUUUGUUUUUUCAUAUGUCCUUUUCCUAAAGGGUUAUUUUUCUCUGGAAAUGGAAAAAUGUAUAUUAUUAUUCCAUAGUUGAAUGGUAUUAUAAUUUCUUUUAUAAGUUAAUGUGGU